CUGCAAGUUCUGGAAUCUUUCCUUAACUGUAUCAUAGAUCAUCCAUAUAUCUAAUUGAAUUGAUAGACCGAUCCUUUGUCCUUUCUGUGUAUCUACUAGUUUUCUUUCUUUUUUAAUACACUAAUUUAGAUUAAAUCCUCAUGGAGGCCAUACAAUCCUGUCUCUCCUCCCUCUGGCAGUCGGUCGGCUUCUGGAAAGCGGCCGCCAUCUUCUUUGCCUUGCUGAACCUGAAGACUCUCCCAAUCGUCUGGCACAUCCGGGUGUACCGCUACUUCUUCAAAAAUGGCUACCUUAUCACCCCGGCUGUGCAACAACCCCCUCGCCCUUCGAACGAGAUCCUGAAUCCCGUCAGCAUCUUCUCCCGUGCCCCGAUCAUGGAACUCGAUUUCAACAUGCACAAGUCCAACUCCACCUACUUCUCCGACCUCGACGUGUCCCGGACCGCUCUGAUGUCCAGUCUCGUGGUGAAAGGCGCCGCGCUCUUGGAUAAGAACUUGGGGGCGGAAGGUAAGAAGGGUCUGCUGGGUUUCAUCCUUGGCAGCGUCUACACCAACUUCAAGAGAGAGAUUCCGGCCUACAUGAAGUACGAGGUGCAAUCGCACAUUGCCAGUUUCGAUCAGAAGUGGAUCUACAUCGUCACCUAUUUCCUCAAGCCGAGCAAGGGGUCAUCAAAGAAGUGUCCGGACGAAAACAACGAGGCUUUGAUGAAGAGGUUACUGGCAGUGUCGAUCAGCAAAUAUGUGCUCAAGAAGGGCCGGUACACCGUUCCUCCGAAGGAUGCAUUCGAAGCUGCGGGCUAUACUCCUCUGCUCGACACGAGUGCUGUCAACGGUCACUCGACCGGGGUUGCGAAUGGUCAUGCGAAUGGACACGCCAAUGGCGCUGCUGCUCAAAGGAAGGAGACUGCCGAUAGCAAGUCCGACGAGUGGGACCGCCUGAAGGCCGAGAUUGACCGGGGAUUGACCAUUGUGCAACCCUUCAUUGACCAGGAAGAGAAGCUCAUGGAAGACUAUGUUCACAAGAUGCGUCUCCCUGGAUUUUCGUAGAAUAGAGUAUAUAGAGGACACAUUGGCUUUUGUAUGAUAGACCUGUCUUAUUCUUCGGGGGACUUCUUUGGUUUUUCGGGGUUUGGUAAGGUAUAGAUUAAUGAUGAUUUUCCAGGAAUUGAUUUUACAUAGUCGCACCGGUUUCUUCUCUUAUACCUUCCUAUAUUUGAGUAAAAUCUAAGAAAUGCAGUGGCUGGAAAAGUAUAUUCGGUCGCUUGGAUCCUCGGACCCUCGAAGUUCCUUCCGAAGCCCUAGAGGGACAGAAAGAGAGAAAGAGAGAAGGACAUCAAGGUCAUUCAUUCGCAACUACCGGGCCAUGUAGCCUUCUAGCAACCACGAUUGCCGCUUUAUCCGUGGAGGUGCUGUCGAUCGACGCCUAUGAAGCGUUUUGGCGACAUUGCAGUAGGAUGAUAUUAUGCUUCCCCCCUACUAUAAGACAGAAAGAGUGCCUCUCUGGACAUACAAACUAUCCAUCAAUUUAUUUUGCACUACUACAUCAGUCCGUUAUUAUAUACUCCAUACUUUUCCUACUCUAAGAUGUUCUACUAGCCUGGUGUUACCUAGCAUGGUCUUCCUCAUGACCCCUUCAAGUUACAUACAACGAUCUCCGGUGAUCUGCCGAGCGAUCGAAUCUAUCCACGCUGACAUGGACUCUGCUGUAGGCCUGCGUAUCC